CUCGUCGCCCGCUGCCAGCGUCCCAUCCAGAGCUGCGGGAGUGUUGUCAAACACCUGGGAGACAAAAGCAACCGCUUUAAAAGGCAAGAGGAAGUGAGACACAUUGUGCAUAAAGACCAUUUCUUGGCUUGUAAUAACUCUUUGAAGGAUCCAAAAUGAAGAUGCAACUGGAACUGAAGAAUGUGACCUUACAAUCUGGAGACAAGUUAAAACUUAAGGGGGAAAUUUUGCACGAUGCUGAGAGGUUCCGGAUUGACCUGGGUGUGAACUCAGAAGACCUGGCGUUGCACUUUAACCCCCGUUUCCACGAUGACGCAGACGGAGCGGUCCUAGUGUACAACUCAAAGACUGCAGGUUGCUGGGGAAGUGAAGGGAGGGAAAUGCACAACCCUCUGCAGAGGGGCAGUAAUGUCAAGAUGUUUUUGAAGCUUUCUGGUGACGGGUUUGAGGUGGAGCUCCCUGGAGGGCAGAAACUCACCUUUCCUAACCGUACAAACAUGAACGUCAUCACCUACAUCCACGUGGGUGGGGACUUCAAACUCAAGAGCUUCAAGAUCUACAAAUCCUCUUGACUGAAACAACCAGGAUUAAAAAACGAGUGAAAUCAGUGUCGUUACUGUACAAAACAGCACAUAAAUUUCAAAGUGCACUGUUGUGUAUUGUGUUCAGAUUUAAUACAUUUUGUUUUGAGAUAACUAUAAAAUUAGGAUAUAUACAUAAAAUUGGAAACUGUUUUCUACAACCUGUAAAGCAAACUCAGUGUAUCAA